AUGGGAGCUGAAUAUAUUGAAUUCAGCCAUGCGAAGAAUGGCCUCGAGUCGCACCCAUACAACUACAGGAGCUCUCAGAAUCUGGUCGAGGUGGCCGAUGCAGAACGUUUGCGCCACAAUGCCGCGGCGGAUCUAAGGACAACGGAAUGGAAACCCGGUGUUAAAGAAUGGCUUGUUUUAACCUGUGUCUCUCUGCUGAUGACAAUGGAUGCAUUCAACGCGACAGUAGUCCUUCCCCUGGUAACAAAUCUAUCAACCACAUCUGAACAGCCACUUGGAAGCGCGCUAUGGAUCGAGGCAACGUAUUUCCUCGCCAGUGCCGCAAGCCAGUCCUUUUCUGCCAUGCUCGCUGCGCUUUUUGGGGUAGGACCAAUUGGUCUCGGUGCUGCUGUACUGGCUACAGUGGGAACUGGUGUCUGUAGCGGCUCCAUGAACUUAGCUUGUCUAGUCCCCGGGCGGUUCAUUCAAGGCAUGGGAUGUGGGGGGGUACUGGCAACUUCACUCUUGAUGAUAGAUGAAGUCAUCCCAUGCCCGCAUCAAGCCCGAUUUACCGGAUAUAUUUUCCAGGCGCGGGUGGCCGGUGCCACGGUUGGUCUUAUAUUUGGCGGAGUGCUCAUUGACCAUGCUGUAUGGGCCUUCUAUAUCAGCUUCGUCUUCUGUGCACUGGGAUUGCUGGUCAUUCCGUUCGCAGUUGAUCUGCGAAGCUACAAACACGCGCCAAAAUACAAGACGUGCGAGCUUGAUUGGCAAGGUGCUGCUUUGACCUUCAUGGGCAUAGGAUGCCUCCUUAUAGGAAUCAACUGGGGAGGGACAUUGUAUGAUUGGAGUAAUUGGCACGUACUGGUGCUUCUUGGUGCAGGAGGAGCCUCUAUGCUGGUUCUGGUACUCUAUGAGGUCUUUUGGGCUGUGCACCCGAUAUUUUCUUCGAUAGUAUUCAACAGCAUUGCGAGGACCAUGUUAUAUCUGGGUAGCUUGCUGCAUGGAUUCUUGAUUUCCUGCCAUAUUUUGAAUUGUUCCUUGUACUUGAAAUUAGUUAAAGACCUGUCUUCGGCGCUCGAAGGCCUCAGCCUGGUGACUAUUGCCAGCCCGGCCUUAUUACUGCUCAUUCUGAUCGAAAAUGUGCGACUGCUGCGGAGCCCCAGCCUGCCACCUUGGAUGAUCCGAGCCGGGUGGAUGUGCAGUACUCUGGCGACUGGAUUCUUCAUAAUUCUGGACCCUGCCACCCCACACCAAAUAUGGGUAUUCAUAUUCCUCGGCAUGGGAGUUGGCCACUCUCUGCUUAUAUCGGGGUACCACAAAAGCAUGCAUAGCAUAACUAGCAACCGCAAAUCAAGCUCAGGAGAGUCAUCAGGGCGAGAUAGUGGUCACUCGUCAUCUUGUAUCCUCAUGUAUUCGGUUCUGCGCACAUGGGGCAUGUGCAUUGCUGUUCCUGUCAGCGGGGCCAUCGUAUUCAAUCGAAUGCUUUGGGAAGUCAAAGAAGGGGGUGCGAAUUCAGAUACACAAACGGGUGAUACCUCGCUGUCUGAGCAGGGUAGGGUUCAGAAGAUGAUGCUUGUCCAUGGGUUUCAUAUCCUGUGGCGAGUUAUGGUGGGUGUAUCUGCUCUGGGGGGUCUAAGCUCGCUGUUUGUGCGAUAG